AUGACCGUGUCAAGCGACGCUGGCAGCAAGCUCGAGGCUGUCGCUACCAUGUCCAAUUCGUCGUCGCCCUCUGCUGCAGGCGGCAGUGCGCCCGCAGGUGACGAAGCUGCUUCGACCAUCAUGGUCAACACCAAAACCCCCGCCAACUUCCCUCCGCCCAAGACAGACAAGCCGCGACCCCACGUUUGCGGCACAUGCCAGCGCUCCUUUGCCCGCCUGGAGCAUCUAAAACGCCACGAGCGGUCCCACACCAAGGAAAAGCCGUUUGAAUGUCCCGAGUGCUCCCGGUGCUUUGCUCGCCGUGAUCUGCUUCUGCGCCAUCAGCAGAAGCUACAUCAGACGACGACGCCGUCGUCGCGCCCGCGCAAUCGCCGAGAGAGCGCCAGCGGGCCGACGCAGGGCGCCAGCCGGGUUCGGAAGAACAGCGUCGCUGGUCCGAGUGCUGCCUCUGCUGCCAACAACACGGCCGCUUCCAUGCGGCCCAGGGCGAAUACGAUCAGUCACAUCGACGGCUCCGCCAUGCAGAUGAUUGCUGCGGCCAAUGCGCAGGUGUCGAGAAUGCCCCCUACACACAGCCGGCACCCAAGCCUGAUCGGCCUGCCAACCCAUGGCCUCGAACCCUAUGGCAUGGCUGCGGCCCUAGCGCAUCGCGGAGCUCCGCUCGGCCUUCCCAAGCUGGAGACACAUGGAAUGAACGGCCUGGACUUUUCGAGCGGUCUUAGGACAGCCCCGCCAUUGGCUUUCGGCACCGAGUUCGAACUGGAUAACUUGUUCUUCGGGGGUUCGUCGGGCUCCACCAUCAACCCUAACGCCCUUCACUACAGCGAUUCUCCGCCUUCGAUGGCUAUGGACCCGCUCACUCCCUUCUCCCCCCACGGCCUGCCUGACAUGUCCGGCGGGUCGUUGGAUGACUGGGUGACGGGGUUCGACCAUCAGAUGUCGUUCAACAAUGGUCCUACCGAGACAGCCGUGGACGGUUCCUCGCCAUCCGCUCUUAGCACCACUAGCCAGAGUGGGAUUAGCGACGUGAUGGUGGACGGGUCGAACCAUGCCUCGACGAGCUCCAUGUGGCAGCCGUCUAUCAUGGGCCCGCCGCAGAUGACCAAUCCCUUUGCUCUCGAUGUGAGCAGCUCUGUCUUCCCAGACCUCCUAAACGGUGCGCCCUUGUCUCCACAGCCGUCGUCGGCUAAGACUAUGGGGGACAACUAUUUUUCAACACCACCGCCCUCGCUCAGCUCUCUAAGCCCGACAGUGCUCUCGGGCAUGAACAGCCAGAAUUUGAACCAAGCGCUCAAUUUCGGUGCCGGUCCAGAGACGCCCUCCUCGAUGAAUGGUGCCCUGUCAGCCUCCCAGGCGUCCCAGUUUGGUACGCGGAGAUACUCGUUCGCCACGCCGGCGUCCCCAAUCACCGCUCAGCCACCCCCGAUCACCGCCACCGCUCCUAGCUCCUCCGAUCAGUCUAGCACACUACCGAGCACUCGAGACCUCCAGCGAUACGUCGGAGCGUACCUACGAUACUUCCAUCCGCACCUGCCGUUCAUUCAUACACCGACGCUAUCGUUCGAGAUUCCUGCGCACUUGUUGGCUAACGGGCGAGAUAGCGGCAUUGAUGGGAGCGGGUGCGUCCAUGGAAUUAUUUGGGAUGGCCAAAAGAUGAUCCAGUUGUAUCUCGACGAGAGGAGGAAGGCGAACGUAAGAAAGGCAGAAUCCAUCCGGCGCACUCCCCUGUCGGACCAGAAUUCACAGCAGCAGGAAUCCCCCGUCGAGACUCCCGUGUGGUUGGUUCAGGCGAUGCUUCUCAAUGUCGUAUAUGGUCAUAACUGCGGGGACAAGCGGUCCGGAGAGAUUGCGUCGACGCACGCCGCCGCCUUAGUAAGUCUUGCGCACGGAGCUGAGUUGUUGAGGCCGUUGCGCGUUGAAGGGGUCAAGGAUGUCGAGAUGGCGGAUGCAGAUGGCGGCGGCCGCUGGAAUGGUUCUGGGCGGAGGCAUGGCGACGAGCAGGCCGAGUGGCUGUGCUGGAAGGCCAUGGAGGAGCGGAAACGAACCCUUUAUGCCGUCUUCAUCUUGUCCAGCCUCUUAGUGUCCGCGUAUAACCACACGCCGGCCCUGACGAAUUCGGAGAUCCUGCUGGAUCUCCCCUGUGACGAAGAGUACUUCGCAGCCCAGAGCGCCGCCGCCUUCCGGGCCAAGGGCGGAGUUGCCGCAGCUAACCACAACCGGAUGACGUUCCAUGAGGCUUUGGGGGAGCUGUUGCGCACGAGCGAGAAGCAACAGCUACGUCCAGUAACGGAUCUCCAUCGACCUUUCGGUUCCGCGGUGAAUGUGGAGGACCUGCCCAGGAGCGACCUGAAACCGAGCAGCUUCGGCUGUUUAGUUCUGAUCAAUGCCCUCCACAACUACAUUUGGGAGACGCGCCAGCGGCACCACAACAAGGUCUGGACGAACGAAGAAACCGAAAAGAUGCACCGUCAUAUCGAGCCGGCACUUCGGGCAUGGCAUGCCGCCUGGGCAAGCAAUCCACAGCACAGUCCAGAGCGCCCAAACCCUUACGGUGUAGGGCCUCUUUCCGCCGACUGUAUCCCACUGCUCGACCUCGCCUAUGUCCGCCUCUUUGUCAACCUCUCACGGUCUAAGGAGAAGUUCUGGCAGCGCGAUUGGGACGGCAUGGCGGAGGAGCUAGCAAGGGGUCUUGAGAUUAUCCAACACGCUGAGCAUUCGCCUGUCUCCGAUACUGACCCAACCGCCAAGGAAGCAACGAACACAGCCGGGACAACUUCCAUCUCUGUUGAUUCUCCGACACAGUACUCCUCUGCGGACCUGGGCACUUCGGACUUGGCGCUCUCCGGCACCGUCAACCCUGCCCUGACCCAGCAGCCGCUCCAGUCCGAGGCGCAGGUUUCCAACAACAGAUCGAUAUCUCGCAGGGAGAAGCAUUUACGGAAGGCAGCCUUCUUCGCGGCCGAGGCUCUCUUGGCUUCCGACAGGCUUGGUGUCACUUUUGCGAACUUGACAAGCCGGGAACUGCCUCUGCAAGCGACGCUCUGUGUUUUCGACUGUGCUCAAGUCCUAGCCGAGUGGGUUGCCACGCUCCAGGACCGUGUCGGUCGCUAUCUUGGGAUUCUGGGCCGGGACAAUGUUGAUCUCUCGCAAGUACCAGCGAUCAUGCUGCUAGAAGAAGAGGACGUGAAGCUACUGGGAAAGAUCGACGACGUCAUUCGCGCUGCUGAAGUGAAGAUGAACAUGGACAUGAUACAGCCCGGCGUCGCGGCUGGUAUGGGACUAACGUCUGGCAUGGACGGUAGACUCCAGAUGGACAACAGCGGGGGAUAUGCUGCCAAGCUGCUAAGAGCGACGGCCUACAUGUUCGACAAAGCAGCUGUAUGGCCUGUGACCCGCCUAAUCACGUCCUGCCUUGAGACUCACGCGAGUCAUAUGCGUGCCCGGGCAGAGAAGUCGGUUAUGGCCCUCGACUGA